CUUCGAGUGAACCCCAGUCAUCGCUUCAGUUCCCGUUUCCACACGAACGCAUUAUCUAUAACUCAAGGCCAACCAGUGAUUCCUGUCAAGUGGUAUUGAUAAUUUGAAGGAAAAUAGACAUUAAUAGGCUGCAACUGAAGGCGUAAAUGGAGCCUCUUUCGAAAUUAUUCACUCGGUCUUGCAGACUGAGAAGGAGUUACCAGAGUUCUCAGUGGAGGAGUAUUACUUCUCAAGAAGUCUUUGACCGCGAAGAUAAAUAUGGGGCGCAUAAUUAUCAUCCACUGGCGGUUGCAAUUAAUCGUGCUGAGGGUGUGCAUAUGUGGGAUGUUGAGGGGAAACGUUAUUACGAUUUCUUGAGUGCGUAUUCUGCUGUCAAUCAGGGACACUGUCAUCCAAGGAUUUAUAAAGCGAUGGUUGAACAGGCGAAAAUUCUCACUCUGACUUCUAGGGCAUUUUAUUCGGACGUCCUCGGCGAGUUCGAGGAGCAUGUGACAAAAUUGUUUGGAUAUCAAAAAUGGUUGCCCAUGAACACCGGUGUAGAAGGUGGCGAAACAGCUUGUAAGCUAGCCAGAAAAUGGGGCUACAGUGUGAAAAAAAUUCCCGAGAAUUCUGCAAAAAUAAUUUUUGCGGAGGGAAAUUUCUGGGGAAGAACAAUGAGUGCAGUUUCAUCGAGUACUGAUCCAUCCAGUUACGCUGGAUUUGGUCCAUUCAUGCCGGGAUUUGAAUUGGUGCCUUACGACGACUUGGCGUCUCUCGAAAAGAAGCUUCAAGACCCCAAUGUUUGCGCUUUUAUGGUGGAGCCCAUUCAGGGUGAAGCUGGAGUAGUGGUUCCAAAGGACGGGUACCUGAAGGCAAUACGAGAGCUCUGCACAAAGCACAACGUCCUCUGGAUAGCAGACGAGGUCCAAACGGGCCUCGCCAGGACAGGAAAACGUUUGGCUGUCGAUUACGAGAACGUGAAACCCGACAUCCUAAUUCUAGGUAAAGCUCUCUCUGGAGGUUUCUACCCAGUCUCGGGUGUUCUUGCAAAUGAUCCGGUAAUGCUCUGCAUCAAGCCUGGGGAGCAUGGCUCCACGUACGGAGGCAAUCCAUUGGGUUGUCGUAUAGCUCUCGAAGCCCUCAAAGUCCUGGAGGAGGAGCAAUUAGCAGAAAAUGCCUACAAACUCGGACAGCUCCUCAGGAAUGAGCUCAGCAAAUUGCCGAAAGACGUAGUGACUCUCGUUAGGGGCAAAGGCCUGCUCAACGCAAUUGUAAUCAACGAAAAAAUUGAUGCCAUGGAAAUUUGCAUAAAACUGAGAGAUCAUGGACUUCUUGCCAAACCCACGCACGGUCACAUCAUUCGUUUGGCGCCACCACUUGUUAUUACUGAGGCACAGAUUCUUGAAGCCAUUGAAAUCAUCUCCAAAGUUAUCCUUAGCCAUUGAUAAUCAAUGAUGUUUUUAAUAAAUUGCUCAUUUACAUUUGUUCAAAUUGGUGUGAAGAAACGUGAUAAAAAUGUUGUAGAACAAAUCGAUUAUUUUCGUUGACAGACAAUAGGAUAAUUAGAGUAAGUAGCUCAAUUAUCCAAGUCCGACAAUCUCGAAAAAUUGAAAAAAAGUCAUAGAAAGCUCUGGCGAGAAUGGAGUACAAUAAAGAAAGAGAAUCGAACAGUACGACAAUAUUUUUAUCAAUCCGUCACCCAGACCUGUUUGUUACCAAGUUAUCACCUGUCAAAAUACAAUAAGCAAGAAAGUAAGAAUAGAUAAGACGUAUCCAACAUCAA